CCAUUGCAACCCUUAAACCCUCUUUCUUCUUCAAGAUCCAGCUAUAUAAACCCUCACUUUCUCUGUUCGUUACUCAUCCAAAUCCAAAUCGGAGAAUUGGGUUUUGUUCUUAAUCCCUUUUUCUAAAUUGGGUCUUCGUCAAACAGAAACAAACAUGAAAGCUUCAAUCAAGUUUCGCGAUGAACAAAAACCAUUAAUCAGAGCUAAAGUUCCUCUGAGCGUGUUGAACUUUCCGUUCCAAUCAGGAAUCGUUGCCGGCGAAUCGAAGGAGUUAUCGCUGAGUCUAGGAACUCUGUUCGAUUCUGGGCCUUCGUUCAAAGUUGCUUAUCGGCCGAAUGAUUCGUUCAAUCCGUUUACUUUUGUGUUCAAAACUGGGAUUGGGCAUUUUGGGUCUCCGGUAUCUAGUCCGUUUACCAUGAGUGCUGAGUUUAAUUUGGUUGGGAAUCAAAACCCUAGCUUCUUCAUUCAUUUCAAACCUCAAUUUGGGGAUUUUUGUGUGAAGAAAUCACACUCCUCUUCGGCUCUUACGAAGAGUUUGAACUCGAAACCGAAUGGGAUUGAUCCGAUUCAAAACGGUUUCGAGACUCCGGUGAUGAAAACCGAUUAUUUCCAAGAGAAAGCAGCGUUUCUCGGCAGCAAAGUGGGGGUUUUCCCGGAGGAAUCUGCCGUCGCCGGAGCUGUGGAAAACUUGUUCUCCGGCGCGGUUGUCAGUGCCCGUACUUCGUUACCUGUGAGAAACCGUGCUGUGGUGAAUUUCCGAUGGGGUCUCAGGUUUCCUAAAGUUCCUGCAGUGGAGGAUCCGGAUACUGUUAUCCUAGGGAACACCAACUUCCCAUCGCCGGCGGGCAUUUCGUUCCGUCACUGUCCAUUGCUGGUGAUGAAUAAGAUCGGUAUCGAAUAUAUAGCGAAAGAUGAUUCGAAGAAAGCUAACAAUUUGCCCAGAAAUGCUGAUUUGACACAAGCUUGUUUGGAUGUGAAGCAGCAGCUGGAGACCAUACAAGCUGAAAAUGGAUUGUUGAGAAAUGCUUUGAAUGAUUUAAGAUCUGAUAUUGCUUCAAAAAAGUUCAACUUUCCGACGAAUGAAUUCAAUAGCCGGAGUAACAGAGAUGCAGAAAACACAAAGGCUAAAUACUCCGGUGAUCGGAGGAGCAAUGGGAAAUCAACAGAAGGGGAUGUCAAUGUCAAUGAGGACUCGAAGAAGGCUUAAACUAGUCGACAUUGCUUCGUGCUUAAGGUUUUGAUUAUUUCAGAAUCGUUAUUUUUUCGAUCGAAUUAUGUUGUUUAAAUUUUUUUGUUGUUUAUGGUGGAUAGAGUAAUGUUUGAUUAUUGUUAA